AUGGAACAAAGGUUGGAAAAACUAGAACGGCUUCAAAAGGAAAUGCAAAACCAGUGGCAGGUGCAAAUGAAAGAACAUGUGGAAAAGAUCCAAAAAGACAUGGUACAAAAGAUGAAGGAGUCUCAGGAUGACCUAAUGACUAAAUUGACGCAACUAAUAAAUAAGGGAGCGGAUAAAGGGAAAGGUCCUGUGAUUUGCGAUGAAGGAGAAAACAAUGAUGAACCACUUUUUCCUCCAGGAUUCACACCUCCGCAUGCACAAGUUCAGACUGAACCACAUCCACGAAAACCUUCUGUUUCGAUUAGGCCUCAGCAUCUUCAAGGUAAUGCUUUAAUACCGAAGAACCUUCAGGUCGGAUCCGGUUCUAGUCCUGGCGAUAAUCUGAUUAAUUUUGUUGUCCCGGAUUUCGAUGAAGUAGCUGAGAAAGACAAGGUAAAUGAAGAGUUACCAAAGCAGUUUGAGGAGAAGUGGAAAUGGAUUGAAGAGAAGUUUAGGGCAAUAGAAAGUAUCGACAGCUAUCAUGGAAUAGAUACGAAAGAUCUGAGCUUAGUUCCGGAUCUGGUGCUUCCUUACAAAUUUAAGAUGCCGGAAUUUGAGAAAUAUAAUGGGACUGGUUGCCCAGAAGCCCAUAUCACUAUGUUCUGCAGGAGAAUGACAGGGUAUAUUAAUAAUGAUCAAUUAUUAAUACACUGCUUCCAGGAUAGUCUUACAGGUGCGGCGUUAAAAUGGUACAAUCAGCUAAGCCGAACCAAAAUUGCUACUUGGAGAGAUUUGGCACAGGCAUUCAUGAGACAAUACAAUCAUGUCUCAGAAAUGAUGCCUGACAGGAUAACUCUGCAGAAUUUGGAGAAGAAAUCGAACGAAAGCUUUAGACAAUAUGCACAGAGGUGGAGAGAAGUGGCAGUGCAGGUGCAACCACCUCUUUUGGAAAAAGAAAUGACGAUGCUUUUUAUUAAUACAUUAAAAGCCCCAUUCAUCACUCACAUGUUGGGAAGCGCUUCAAAGAAUUUCUCGGAUAUAAUUAUGAACGGCGAAAUGAUCGAGCAUGCUAUUAAAAGUGGAAGAAUAGACGAAGGGGAGAACAAUAAAAAGACAGCCCCGAGGAAAAGAGAAAAUGAAGUGAAUAAUGUGAAUGCCUACGGUAAAUCAAUUACUGUGAGUCAACCGAGGAAAGCGGUCAUUAAUCCACAGGGCUCAUCGAAACAAGAGUUGAGAAUGAGGCAAAAUACUGAGAAGCCCCAGUUCACUCCCAUUCCAAUGACAUAUAAGGAGCUGUACCAGAAUUUAUUUAAUGCGCAUGUUGUUGCUCCUCGUUAUUUAAGUCCUCUACAACCCCCAUAUCCAAAAUGGUAUGACACAAACGCUCAGUGUGACUAUCAUGCCGAAAUUUUUGGACACUCGAUAGAAAAUUGUACUGCUUUCAAGAAGGUAGUGGAAGGACUUAUCAAAUUGGGCGUUGUCAAAUUUGGUGACUCACCCAACACGGAAAGUCCGUUGCCCAAUCAUGAUGAAGGGGUGAACGCGAUAAUUGAGAAUGGAGGAAGGAGAGUCAAAGCCAAUGUAGCUAAGAUAAGGACCCCCCUUGAAUGGGUUUGGAAACAAAUGGUAAAAGGAGGUCGCAUCAAGCAAGAUUCAAUAGAAAGGCCUGAAGGAGCAAGUAAGUUUUAUGAGUUCCAUGCAGAAGAAGGCCACGACAUCCAAAAAUGUACCGAAUUCAGAACCAUGGUACAAAACUUAAUGGAUAACAAAGAGUUGGAAUUUUAUGAAGAGAUUAAUGGACUAGAAGAAGGAGAAGUUUAUGCUGCAGAAGAAGGAUCCACGGGGAAAGCCCAAAAGGCUAGUCACCCAGUGGUAAUUAUUUCAAAACCAAUGAGCAGAGAAUCUGGAAUUCAAAUAGCGCCAAAGGUCAUAAUCCAAAAACCUGUAUCCUUUCCUUACGAGGAUAGCAAAAAGGUUCCUUGGAAUUACGACUGUAAUGUGACAAUUCCAGGGAAAGAGAGCUUGGUAAACGCUUCAGGAGAGGACGAAGGAUUCUAUACACGAAGUGGAAAACGCUAUGAUCCAGCAAACGCGAGAGUGGAAUCUGGAAAAGAAAAAGCCUUAGCAGUUGAGUUAGGAAAAGCGAAAACAGACAAAAUUGAACCGCGUGUCAAUCAGCCGGUAAAUGAAAAUGAGGCUAGAGAAUUUCUAAAAUUCUUGAAACAUAGCGAGUACAGCAUGGUAGAACAAUUGCAUAAACAACCGGCUCGUAUUUUGGUGCUUGAAUUACUUAUAAGUUCAGAGAUACAUCGUAAUGCGUUGAUUAAUGUGCUAAAUGAAACUUAUGUCGCUCACGAUAUCUCAGUGAAUAAGUUGGACCGCUUGGUUAACAAUAUCAGUACCGACAAUUUCAUUUUCUUUAAUGAUGAUGAAAUACCGCCGGGGGGAAGAGGAGCCACCAAAGCAUUACAUAUCACUGCUCGCUGCGGGGAGUGUACGUUAGUGGGAGUGCUAAUUGAUAAUGGAUCAGCCUUAAAUGUUUUACCCCUGGCCACCUUGAAAAGGUUACCGGUGGAUAGCUCUCACAUGAAAUCGUGCCAGAAUAUAGUGAGAGCAUUUGAUGGUACUGAAAGGAAGGUGAUGGGAAGAAUAGAAAUACCCCUCUUGAUUGGCCCAAAUACAUACGAGGUGGAUUUCUUAGUGAUGGAUAUCAAGCCUUCGUAUAACUGCUUGUUGGGAAGACCCUGGAUUCAUUCAGCAGGAGCGGUGCCUUCAUCAUUACACCAGAAGUUGAAAUUGGUAACAGAAGGCUGGUUAAUUACGAUUGACACUGAGGAAGACAUCAUUGCAUCGGUAACCAGUGACGCGCCAUAUUUGGGAACAGAUGAUGAGGCGGUUGAAUGUUCCUUUCGAUCCUUAGAGGUCGUAAAUGCGACCUCUGUCAUUGAGGGAAAGAAGAUCCCGAUGCCCAGCAUAUCUAGAGCCACGAGGAUGGGACUACAAAUGACAGUUAGGAAAGGAGCUAUGCUCGGAAGAGGACUAGGAAGAUGCCUUCAAGGAAGGAUAGAGGCACCAGUGCUGAAGGACAAGCAAGACCGUUUUGGUUUAGGAUUUAAACCAAAUGCUAAGCAAAGAAGAAAAGAGUUGGAGAAAAGACAAGAGAGGAGGAAGGCGCGUGUGAACGGAAAAGAAGUUAAUUGGGAACCGAUGGCUUUCCCCCACAUAUCAAAGAUCUUUGUAUCGGGAGGAACCAUGUAUUCUGGACUGAGGACUCCAAGAAGGGAGAUCACAGAGGAAAUGCUAGGAAACUUGAACAUCAAUGCCAUAUCUGAAGAAAAAUCUGAAGAAGGAGGAAAUCCUUUUGAUCAAUAUGUGUGUUUAGAGGAAUCUCAAGAUUUUGAAGAUAACAUAGAUUGCAACCUAUCUCCGGACUUGUUGAGGAUGGUAGAGCAGGAAGAGAAACAAAUCAUACCUCACAAGGAGACAGUAGAGACGGUGACCCUGGAAGAGGGAAAGAUGGUGAAAAUUGGCAUAUGCAUAGCUGAAGAAGUAAAACAAGACCUCAUUGAGUUGCUUCGAGAAUUCAAGGAUGUCUUCGCAUGGUCAUAUCAAGAUAUGUCGGGGCUAAGUACUGACAUUGUAGUUCACCGACUUCCUAUAAAGGAAGAUUGCAAACCAGUUCAGCAAAAACUCCGAAGAAUGAGGCCAGAUGUUGUAUUAAAAAUAAAAGAGGAAGUGCAAAAGCAAUUCGACGCUGGAUUCCUACAAGUGGUCAAAUAUUCUGAGUGGGUGACCAAUAUUUUUCCUGUCCCUAAAAAAGAUGGGAAGGUACGAAUGUGUGUAGAUUAUAGAGAUUUAAAUAAGGCUAGUCCAAAAGAUAACUUUCCCUUGCCGCACAUCGACACAUUGGUAGACAAUACAGCGGGGCAUUCACUGUUUUCUUUCGUGGAUGGUUUCUCUGGAUAUAACCAAAUUAAGAUGCAUCCUGAGGAUAUGAAGAAAACUACAUUCAUAACCCUAUGGGGAACCUUUUGCUAUAAAGUGAUGCCAUUUGGGCUGAAAAAUGCAGGGGCAACGUAUCAGAGGGCCAUGGUAACACUGUUUCAUGAUAUGAUGCAUAAGGAGUUAGAAGUCUAUGUUGAUGACAUGAUUGCGAAAUCUAAAACGAAAAAGGAACAUGUGCAGGUCCUUAAAAAAUUAUUUGUGAGGUUGAGAAAGUUUUAGCUAAAACUAAAUCUAGCAAAAUGCACAUUUGGGGUCAGAUCAGGAAAAUUGCUGGGAUUCAUAGUCAGUGAGAGAGGAAUUGAGAUUGAUCCCGACAAAGUAAGAGCAAUACAAGAAUUACCUCUGCCGCGUACUCAAAAAGAGGUUCGAGGUUUUCUAGGAAGACUGAACUACAUCGCUCGGUUUAUUUCACAAUUAACCGAGAAAUGUGACCCCAUAUUCCGCCUCCUUAAGAAACAUAAUCCAGGUGUAUGGGAUGAUGAGUGCCAAAAAACUUUUGAAAAAGUUAAACAUUACUUGUCCAACGCCCAAGUGUUGAUACCACCUCGCCCAGACAAACCGCUCAUACUGUAUUUGGCAGUAUUUGAAAAUUCUAUGGGAUGCGUGCUUGGUCAACAUGAUGAAACAGGACGAAAAGAAAGAGCAAUCUACUAUCUCAGUAAGAAGUUCACCGAAUGCGAAACAAGAUAUUCGCCAAUCGAGAAGUUAUGUUGUGCCCUGAUCUGGACAACUCAGAGACUGAGACAGUACAUGUUGUACCAUACAACCUGGUUAAUUUCUAAAUUAGACCCUCUAAAAUACUUGAUAGAAUCAACCGCGUUGAAUGGAAGAAUAGCCCGAUGGCAAAUUUUCCUAUCUGAAUUUGACAUAGUCUGUGUGAACCAGAAGGCUGUAAAAGGGAGUGCGAUAGCGGACUUCCUGGCAAGUAGAGCGCUGGAGGAUUAUGAACCCUUGAACUUUGAUUUCCCAAAUGAAGAUUUGAUGUAUGUUGCAACUACAGAAAAAGAUUUCCAAGAAGGCGGUCCUUGGAAGCUAAAUUUUGAUGGAGCUUCAAACGCUAUAGGCAACGGAAUCGGGGCAGUACUCGUGUCCCCUAGCGGAGAUCAUUACCCUUUAACUAGCAAAUUGGAUUUUGAUUGUACGAAUAACAUGGCUGAGUAUGAAGCUUGCAUUAUGGGCAUCCGAGCAGCUAUAGAGCGGAAAAUUAAGGUGCUAGAGAUUUACGGGGACUCUGCAUUAGUAAUUUACCAGCUCAAAGGGGAAUGGGAAACAAGAGACCCCAAGUUAGUCCGCUAUCGAAAAUUGGUUAUGGAAUUGAUUGAGGAAUUUGAUAGUGACCCACGAGAUGAGAAUCAGAUGACAGAUGCUUUGGCUACCCUAGCUUCUAUGUUCAAAGUGAACAGGCUAGAGGAUAUGAAGCCUAUCCAGAUCAGCAUUUAUGAGGCUCCAGCCCAUUGUUGCAACAUUGACAAUGAAGGAGAAAAGGAUGAUCACCCCUGGUACCAUGACAUAUUGCGAUAUGUGAAGAGUCGUGAAUACCCUGACCAUGCGACAGAAAAUGAUAAGAAGACAUUGAGGAGAUUAGCCAUUGAUUAUGUCCUAGAUGGGGAUAUCUUGUAUAAAAGAGGAAAAGAUCAAGUAUUGUUAAGAUGUGUGGACGCUGUCGAAGCUAAGGAAAUUUUGGAAGAAGUGCAUGAAGGUAUCUGUGGAACGCAUGCCAAUGGCUUCACGAUGGCCAGACAAAUUAUGAGGUUUGGGUACUAUUGGUCCACCAUAGAAAGGGAUUGCAUUAAUUAUGAAAAGUGCCAUAAAUGUCAAAUCUAUGGUGACAAAAUGCACGCACCACCGUCACCUCUUCAUGUUAUGGUUUCUCCAUGGCCUUUCUCCAUGUGGGGAAUAGAUGUUAUCGGGCCAAUAUCUCCGAAGGCUUCUAAUGGGCAUCAUUUUAUCUUUGUGGUUAUUGAUUACUUCACUAAAUGGGUGGAGGCUGCUUCAUAUGCAAAUGUCACGAAGUCAGCAGUUAGCAAAUUUUUGAAAAAAGAGAUCAUAUAUCGAUACGGGAUGCCUGAAAGGAUCAUAUCCGAUAAUGCACUAAACUUGAACAACAACUCAAUAGCGAAAAUUUGUAGUCAGUUCAAGAUCAGACACCACAAUUCGUCACCGUACCGUCCAAAAAUGCAUAGUGCCGUGGAAGCAGCUAACAAAAAUAUUAAGAAAAUUGUAGGGAAAAUGACUGAAACCUACAAAGACUGGCACGAGAAAUUACCUUUUGCCCUUCUGGCAUAUCGUACCUCUGUUAGGACUUCUACGGGGGCAACGUCGUUUUCUUUAGUCUAUGGGAUGGAGGCAGUCUUACCUCUAGAAGUUGAAAUUCCUUCUCUCCGAGUAUUAGCUGAACUAAAGUUGGAUGAGGCUGAGUGGAUUCAAUCUCGAUAUGACCAGCUGAACUUGGUAGAAGAAAAAAGAUUAAAAGCUAUUCGUCAUGGUCAGAUGGAUCAGAAACGAAUGAUGCGAGCCUAUAACAAAAAAGUUCGUCCCAGAGAAUUUUACGAGAGGGACUUGGUGUUGAAAAAGAUUCUUCAUCUACAAAAGGAUUUUAGAGGAAAAUGGAUGCCAAAUUGGGAAGGUCCAUAUGUGGUAAAAAAGGCAUUUUCAGGAGGAGCUUUAAUCUUGAGUGAGAUGGAUGGUAAAAGCCUGCCAAAUCCUGUAAACUCAGACUCAGUCAAGAAAUAUUUCACUUGA